GGACGACAAGGUACCACACAGGUCGUCAUUGUUUUUGUCUUCCUUGGACUGGCAUUCAUCAUCCUAUCAUUGCGACUCUUUACUCGAGUGAUCGUGACACGGAAUCAUGGCCCUGAAGACUGGGUCAUUACAGCAGCAUUUGUAGGUCUUGGACAACUAACCUGCCAGGUCCAAAAUGGUCAAGGCCUGCCCCAAAGUAUGCUCUCAGAGGAUAAUAUUGUGAAUCUGCGAAAGACACUAUACAAAGCAAUCCCUACAUAUCUCGCCGGAUUGACCUUGACCAAGCUCUCGAUCCUGUUACAGUACAUGCGACUGUUCAAAGAGAAGGCAAUACACAGAUUCAUCAUCGGAAUGCUGGUCUUCGUCGCCGCAUUCGGAACAUGGUCGGUUCUCGGAUCCUUACUUCUCUGCACGCCAGUCCACUACUUCUGGGAUGGUAUCGGCGACGGCAAGUGCAUGAACUUUGAAGCAAAGUGGUUCAGCGAUGCGGCGGUCAGCAUUGUAACCGACUUCAUACUUCUUAGCAUACCUAUUAUCUUUCUCAAAGGCCUCAAUUUACCUUAUCGCCAAAAAGCAGGCUUGAUAGCCGUCUUUGCGCUCGGAGGCUUCGUAUGUGUAGUUUCGAUUGCUAGACUGGCACCUUUGUACGUUAUUGCAACCCACGCAGAUGUGAGCAAACACAAUGGUCCCGCGGCCUUUUUGUCAAGCAUGGAAGUAAACGUCGGCAUCAUCUGCGCGUCCCUACCCAGCCUGCGC